AUUCUGACCGUUAAAACUUUUUGAGAGUCAUAGUUUCUCCGCCACAACUCGCGUCUACGAACUUCCAGGUCCCAAGUUGCGUCACUGAACAACCUUCCUCUCAGUGACAGACUCAGAACUGAUCACUGUCUGGAUGAAGGCCAGUCUCACACGUCUGUUCCACCAUCACCCUAUACAACCACCCAUAUCCACCCACGUGUCAAGACAAUCAGAUAACUCCACCCAUGCCGCGUGUCAGCUCACCUUCCUCUGCAAGUCCACUGUCAGUCACUGCUAUAUGAACCCAUCUUCACCCCCCACCACCACCACCGCUACCGCCACUACGACAGCAAGCAGCAUCAUGGGCAAGGAAAACGACAGCCAAUUGAACCUCGUGGGCUUCUCCAACUUCGUUCGGUCCAAUCCCCGGUCCGACCGGUUCAAGGUCCACCGGUUCCACCACGUCGAGUUCUGGUGCACCGACGCCACCAACUCCGCCCUCCGAUUCUCGUGGGGCCUCGGCAUGCCCAUGGUAGCCAAAUCAGACCUCUCCACAGGCAAUCAAAGCCACGCCUCCUACCUCCUCCGCUCCGGCGACCUCAACUUCCUCUUCACCGCCCCGUCUGCCCCGACCGAUGAUCCGACCCGGCCCAACACCCCCCCCGCCUCCAUCCCCACCUUCGACCACUCCGCCUCCAGGGACUUCUCCUCCCGCCACGGCCUCGGCGUCCGCGCCGUCGGCAUCCAAGUCGAUAACGCCGUUUCUGCCUUCACCACCAGCGUCGCCCACGGCGCCAAACCCUCCGCCCCGCCGAUCCUCCUCGACAACCGCGUCACAAUCGCCGAGGUCCAGCUCUACGGCGAUGUUGUUCUGCGCUACGUGAGCUACUCGAACUCUAGCGACGUGUCCGACUCGAACCCGGACCUCUGGUUCCUCCCCGGAUUUGAAGCCAUGACGUCGUCGUUUCCUCUCGACUUCGGGCUCCGCCGUCUAGACCACGCUGUGGGCAACGUGGAGGAUCUCAAAUCGGCGGGGUCGGGCGUGAAAGGCUUCACCGGGUUUCACGAGUUCGCCGAGUUCACGGCGGAGGACGUCGGGACGAGCGAGAGCGGACUAAACUCCGUCGUUUUGGCGAACAACGAAGAGAUGGUUCUGUUUCCGAUGAACGAGCCGGUAUACGGGACGAAGAGGAAGAGUCAGAUUCAGACCUACUUGGAACACAACGAAGGCGCUGGAGUUCAGCACCUGGCUCUGGUCAGCGAAGACAUAUUCAAGACGCUGAGGGAGAUGAGGAGCCGGAGCGGCAUCGGAGGGUUCCAAUUCAUGCCGUCGCCGCCGCCGACGUAUUACAGGAACUUGAAGAAGAGGGCUGGGGACGUGUUGACGGAUAAUCAGAUCAAGGAGUGUGAGGAGUUGGGGAUUUUGGUGGACAGGGACGACCAGGGCACUCUGCUUCAGAUUUUCACAAAGCCUGUUGGAGAUAGGCCAACCAUAUUCGUAGAGAUCAUUCAGAGAGUAGGGUGCAUGCUUAAGGAUGAGGAAGGGAAGGUUCACCAGAAGGGUGGAUGUGGUGGGUUUGGGAAAGGUAACUUCUCCGAGCUCUUCAAAUCCAUCGAGGAAUACGAAAAGACUCUCGAAGCCAGACAAAUUGCAGAGCCAGCGGCUGCUUGAUUCGCCUUUGUUCAUGAUACUGUGAAAUAAGAUAGUUGCUGAAGCCGGGUUCGUUCCUUGUACUCAUUUUAGGGCUGGUAAGCAAGUGUCUUAUUGUGUAUAACAGGCUGUAUGGUUGUCGCUGUUGGUGUUUUUGAUCUAUGCACAAUGACUUCAAUGUUAGUUCUAAUUAUAUAUGUCAAGUGUAAUCCAUCAUCAACCUGUUGCGCUCUGGACAUGUUUGUAAUAAGCAACUUCAAGGAGGAAUAGAGAUCGAAAUAUUAGCGUC